AUAACUCGUUGUGAAAAACAAGGAAGCUAUUCACAGCCCUUGUUUGCACAGGCAGUACCAUUGCUAGAACUUUAUAAAUUACAUUUGCUUUACAUUUGCACGGUCGCUAGCUCAGAAAACAAGUGUGUUUUGCAAUUAUUGAGCAAAAAAAGAACGUGAAAUGUUGCUUUUCAGUGUGUCUCUGAGCUUUUAUGUUUGUAUUUGAAGUGGACUCUUCCGUAACCUUGGAGACAGACACACGCGAACUGAGACGCUGUGUAGGUGUAGAGAGUGGGACAAUAUACCACGGCUUUUACUUUUCAGAAAAAAACUUUAAUAAACACUCAACUUCAGCAAAUAAAAACGGGAAAAUCCUACAUUUGAAAGAUACAGGAGCAGAGAAUGAAUGCUAAAGAGGCAACGCAUGGACUUUAACGUAGCACCUAACAAACAUGCAAAGUUCUGAGCACAGUUAAUAACGGACAACCGGUUUGAAUACCAAAUAGGAACGAGGAAGUCGACAGCGUUGUCCACAAUGAGCGGGCACAGCAACGCUAGAAUCGCUCAGAUUCUUGACAAUGAGCAGUUAUCUGCAACAGAAACGUCAGACCCAGAUUCUGCAGGAGUUGCAGUGAGAAGCAAGCCCUUGUGGCAGGAUGAGACCGUCUUGAACCUGGAACCAGACACCGGCUUGCUGGUGACACACGUCAAUCAAACCCAAGAUCUGCUGAGAAUCCAAGGCCAGAACGCGAGCGCCAGUGACAGCCAGACCUCAGAAGAGUGGCUCGGCAACCACAGCUUGGAUUCCAUGAAGCUGUCAAUCACACACCUCCUCAGUCAAGGCAGGGUCGUUAUGGCCAAAGGAGACUGUAUGAGGAAAGAAAUGGAGUUCAGUGCUGAUACGGUUAACGCAUUUGAAUCAAGACUUUAUGAAAUCCUUGAACUUUAUCACCGGCGGAUAAGGUGGCUCAUGGAAGGGAGCAGGAAGAUGUUUGGGCUGGUUAAAGGGACCAGAGUGGGACUUGCUAUCGAUGCUUCUGAUGCUAACUUCGAAGCUGGACGAUCAGAUGGUUUUCAAAGAAGCCUCUUGUAUCUGCUAGAUGAACAGUUGUGUUACAAGAAGCAGCUUUAUUUGAUGUCCAUCGGCACUGAUGACUCACCACUGUGGAGAACACUCAGAGACGUGAACAUUCGCACCCUGCAUGAAGCCAGGCAGUGGGUUCAGCAGCUGCGGCCCAGUGGAGGCUGCAACGUGCUGCAAGCCAUGAAGAAGAUGCUUGCAGUGAAGGAGCUGAACUCACUGGUUAUCAUCCUGGGAAGCUGCCCUGAUCAGACUUCGGAUGUUUUGUUUGACUAUAUUGCACAGUGCAUGAUAGGAAGGAAUUUACCUGUACACACUGUAGCAUAUGACUGCAGCAAUCCCAUGACCCAUACUGCACUGAAGAAACUAGCCAAGGCCUCCGGGGGACGUUUCCACUGCUACAGCUCAGAUAGCCAGGAUCUGACUUACAGCAGCUGUGAUGUUCACCUCCUGUGGAGAGAGUCCCAGAGAGCGGUGGAUCUGCUGAACAAGAUAAAAGGAAUGCGUCAGGGGAUGAUGGGGGACGCACUUAUCAGUAUUAUGCAAGAGAUUUCUACUGAAGUAGCAAAGUUACCACCGACUCGCUUUCUCCCGAGACCUCCUAAUCACGACAGACCCCUUUGUAUUGAAAUGCCAAACUUCUUACCUAAAACUUCUGGAGAGUGGAUUAAGAGCAACGGGCUAAAAGCAAAGAGACUCAGCCUGUACCAGGUACUUGCCCCCAAUGCCUUCUCCCUGGUAGAGGAGUUUGUGCCCAUUCUCAGAAAGACUGUGUGUUCGACUCUACACGAGAAAGCUAUGAUGCAGUUUGAGUGGCACGAUGGGACGGUAAAAAAUAUCCACGUGGAUCCACCCUUAUUAUACAACUACCAGAAACAGCUCGGUCAAACUGUGAAGAUGUAUGAGAGGAGAGUUGAGUGGCUUACCAGCGGCAGUAGGCAGAUAUGGGGAACGGUCUGUGAGCAGAGGGUGAUAAUACUGGUGGACGUGUCUGAGACUAACUCCAUGUACAUCAUCCACAUCCAGCAUUCCCUGCGGCUGCUCCUGGAGCAGCAGAUGACCAAUAAGGAGUGCUUCAACAUCAUAGCUUAUGGCUCAGAAAUGAAACCCUGGAACACGGAAAUGGUUCCCCCAACUCCUGAGAACCUGCAAGAUGCCUGGAAAUGGGUUCAGAGCUUGCAGUGUGAAGGGAGCCGGAAUUUGAUGGGUGCCCUUAAACACGCCCUAGAGGUGGAUCUACUGGAUGAACAGAUUGGCUGUCAGGGGAUUUACCUGUUCACCAGCGGAGUGCCAGAUCAGGACGGGGCCCUGGUGAGCAGCUACGUAGCUGAGCGGUGUGGCGGGUGUGACCUGCGGCUGCACGUCUGUCUCUUCAGUUUGGACAAGUUUGACCUGCAGGGCUCCAUCCCUGCCCGCUUCGCCACGGCCAGCGACACCGCCAAUUUGCUCAGGGACCUGGCGCUAAGCGGCAUGGGCCGCUUCCACUGGUUUAAGGAGACCGGCAUCAUAGAAAGUGAUGACAUUAACAUCAUAAUGGCAGAAAUGGAAAAAGCAGUCAAUUACUCUCAGAAGUGUGCCAUGCUGGUGAAGUCUCUUAAGCAGAGGUCUGAUAAUAAGCAGCCGGACGACGACCCAGAAAGCGAAGAGAGCCAGAGAGCGCAGAUUAAGAGAGAGAAGCGCAACCCGCUGAAACUGUCUGCACCGAAACCCACAGCGCUCACGCUGGCCAGGAUGCAAGCUAGAGAAGACAGCCUGGAGGACAGUCCACCUUCCAGAGCUUUGACCUGGCGUCCAAGCAGUGUUAAAGCCAGUAUUCCUCCAGCACAACCCAUGAAGAGCUGGAGCCCGAGUGAAAACGAAGUCAAACAGAAGAAAAAAAUCGAAGUCUCUCAGUCUGUGUUUUAUACAGAAGAAGGGAACAGCGUGGGUUUGGUGUUUAAAAAGUACCCAAAAGCAAAAAGUGUAAGAAAAUCCAUUCCCUUUGCUGCGCUGCCAAAAGAAGAGGCGAUCAGUUCAACUAAACAGUGGCUAAAAAAGUUCAGCAUUAAAAGGUUAAAGUUAGAUCUUCACCGACUCCUGUCUGGCCCAGACUGCACCCACCAGAAGAAGCUGGUGCCUGCCAUGCAAAAGAAAGUAUCUGCAAAAUACUGCACCAUCUUCCCCAGUGUCGAAGUGAAUGGUGUUGUGAAGCACUUGCAGUUUCAGCCCCCUGAACUGGAGGAGUACAUCGAUCAGACAGAGAGAGUGCUUCGCCGCUACAUACAGAGGAUGCAGUGGCUGCUCUCAGGCAGUAGACGCUUGUUUGGAACAGUACUGGAAAAGAGUGUCUGUAUUCUUCUGGAUACUUCAGGCUCCAUGGAUCCCUACCUAUCAGAAGUUAAAAAGGAAAUGACUUCCCUGAUAUGGGAACAGCUACAUAAGAACGGUGUAAGCUUCAACCUGCUGAGCUUCUCGGACAGCGUGCAGGUCUGGAAGGACAGGCUGAUGGAUGCCACGGAGGAAGCCUGUCACGAGGCAGUUCAGUGGGUGUCGAUGGUCAAAGCCCACGGCAGCACCUGCACUCUGGAAGCCUUACAGGCUGCCUUUCAGUUUGAGGAUGCUCAGGGCUUCUAUCUGCUCACAGAUGGGAAACCAGAUACCAGCUGCAACUUCGUUCUGAAGGAAACAGAGAAGUUGAUGCAAGGGAAGCAAAUAGCAGUUCAUGCGAUUUCCUUUAACUGUUCGGACAGCACUGCGAAUGAGUUCCUGAAGAAGCUGGCAUCCCAGACAGGUGGCCGUUAUCAUCGCUGCCACGGAGAACUGGACGGACAUUUGGUGGCACACAGGAUGUUGACUGAAGGGUUUACAGAUGAAGAUGAUCCUGUUCUUCCAGCUUUUGAAGGGGAUGAUUUAAGGAGACUUGCUUUGGAAAUUGGGAAAGCCAGACGCUUCUUAACACAAGCCAGGACUUUUCGAGCACUGCUUUUGGACAAACAGAUGAAAUCCAAUAAACUGGAUGCAUUUUCUACAAGCCCUGUGUACUCAGAAAAGUCAAAGUCGAAUCUUCCUGUAUCCAAAAGCACAAUAAGCUGAAGAACUAAAGCCAGUAAUAUACUGUAUAUAGAAUAUCUAUAGAGUGCUGUACGAUACCAGCUAAUAUUCACCCCACAAGAGGCGAGAGAGCCAGCCCAUAAGUGACUUAGCCACCUAAUACAAAGACAUUUCAGAUGGCUGUGUCAUCAAUAUCAGGGUCUACUUUAUAGAAUAUGUCUAUGCAUAAACCAAUACACUAUUACUAUAUACUUUACAUAUCUUUUGUACUGUUUAUUUUUUAUUUGCUUUUUAAUCAGUCGCUUUGAUAAUGUCAAUUAAAACAAGACGUGUAUUUUUCUGUUCAUUAAAAUAUAUAUGUAAAAAAAAAAAAAAAA